AUGGCUUUUGGAGGCUUGAAAGUGAAAAAGAAGUCUGAGAAAAAGAAGGGUAACCAAGUCGGGGGGGAGGCGGCCCCUCCCGCCUCCGCCACGCCUGCUUCGUCCAUCGAUCUUCCUACGCGAAAAAACACGAAGUUUAUUUCCGGGUUUGGCAAGAAUCGAUCUGACGUUGCUGCGACUUCUAGUGAUAAAGCAUCCGUUUCGUCUACGCUCCUUCCUAACAUUGUGGGCGACACCACUAAUGAGGUGAAAUCCUCGCGGGCCUCCUCCAGCGCGCCUGACUCUCGAAGGCGUCUCCGCAUGCCCAGUGGUAUGUCACUCAAAAACAAGCGCAGCUUCAACCGUUCUGUGACGGUUGGUGAUCGUCCGUCUACACAGAAUCCUCAGGGCUCUAAGGAAUUGGUACCUGGCACUCCUAGAAGUGUAUCAGCAUAUGGACAGGGACUCCCAGUAGAACAGACUCGUGACCUCCCGCGAACACCGGCCUCUGAGACUGUCAUCUCUUCAUCCCAUCCAAAUGACAAAGACAAGGAUACCAAGGGAAUACCUGGUUCUUUACUAACAGAGAAAAGUAAGAUCUUCGCCCCAGGACCGUUAAUGAGGAAAAAGUCAGCUGCUUCACUGCGUUCAGAAGUUGCAUCCGAGAAACCUGGAGAUAUCAUUACACUCAGCAGUCCUUUGCGCUCGACCUCAUUUCCAGCUUCUCCAGUGUAUGCACCAGCUACACCCUCAUAUUCGACAGGCACUAGAAAUGGUCUUGCCCCUUCUAUCAGUGGCGCUGGUUUAAACCUACCGCUGACUUCGUAUCAGUCGCCGAACGAAGUCGUUUCUAAAGCACAGGAAACGAACACCACUAACAGCAUUCAAAAAACAUCUAAUGCUCUCUCCUACCUCACAACUGCUUCCGUGAUACCAACUACAGACCCCGCUGACUUGACAACGUCCACCGUCGUUCAACAUUCACUGAAGGAACCCCCAUCUUCUCAGUUCCCUCAGCCAUCAGGUGCAAACAGAGACGAUAUGGCUUCUUUAUAUGAUAGCGAUGAAGACAGUAUCGACGGCACCUAUACAUCUCAUAAUGAGACCAUUAUGUAUGAUGCGUUGGAUUCGAUUGAUACUGGCUCCGGUGCACAUGGCGGUCAUCCUGACGAUAAUUACCCUGAGCUGGCGAGCCAGCCCAGUGAAAAGAAUGCUUUGAACUCUGCUUCAAUUGCCGAUAUCCUGAAGGGCUCCAAGGACCCCUUCCAGCCGUCUGAUGACACCUCAUUUAAAAUGAAGAAACUUGCUAUCUCAAAUGCAAAAGACCACGAUGAUUCUCUUGAGGCUGUCCAAAUAUCGAAGGCUGCGCCUGGAAUCAACAAGGGCAAAUCGGUCGAGAGUCCUAUCGAAGCAGAUGAAAUAUCUCCGGGUACGAAUUCAUUCCAGCCGCCACUAGACACCAAGCCUGAUCUGCCUGAUCCUCAGACAUCUGGCACUUCAGCUUUAUCGCCCAGGGAUAAAGAAGCUUCGAACGUUUCGACGCUUGCAGGGACUUCACCAUCUGCCCCUGCUGAAUCGAUGAAAGAGCCAUACGAGCAGAGUCAUGUUGUUGAACAAGUAAAAGAGAAUCUUGCAAAGAACCAUAUUGAAGUCUUGGAGCCUGUGGCAGCCUCAGAUAAACCAUCUAAGGCUUUCGACACCAUUUCGACUGAAGCUUUCAAGCUCCAGGGCACUGAGGAUUCUGAACACGCGGCGCACCCUCCACCAACGUCCUCGAAUCCUUUGAUUUUGGAGGCAAGGGAACCAAAUGUGGACGAAAAGGAUGUUUCCGGAGCAGCCUCCGUUCCACCGAUCAAUUCAAUUUCAUUGGCACCUGUGGCUAGUAGCCAAACGAAACCUACAAACCCAAUAUCUAAGCAUACAAAUCUACUCGCAAAUCCCAUCGAUAUAAUGCCUGUCGGGCAAAAAUCGACUGAGCGUGCGGAACCUGUCGCUGCACCCACCAAGCAAGAUAUUUCACCAAUGGAUCAAGUUGCGCCACCUGAGUCGAAUUUGGUUGAAACACAACCUUCAAAGGUGCCGACAAAGCCUGAAGUUGCCUCUAUCGACUCGGCACCAGACCCUCAGCUGGAAUCGUCAACAAAUGUCCCCGAACCUGAAGCAACCAAGAACAUUCUGACUCAUCCUGUGCACGUAAAUCCUGAAAUUAAUGAAUCAUCUACUAAGCAGUCAGCGUCUGCAGCCAUUUCAGGCGUAUGGUCUAAUCUGCUGCCAUUUGGCAAACUAGAGGCUCAAUCCAACAAGAUUGACGAAGAAACGACCCAAGCUAAUGGUCCUAACACGUCCGAGUCAUCUUUCACUGCUGCUUCGGCCAUCGAUGGUGCGGCCGCUGGCCCUGUUUUGUUGGGUGUUUCUACCACUGCCGAUGAAACCUCUCAAGAUCAACAUGUCAAGCCGGAAAAACUUGAGGAUGCGGCACCGAAUUCAUCAAGCAACUCUGAGCUUGAAGCGCGCACGGAAACCAAUUCUGCUAUAUUGCGUUCGGGCAAUGUCGAUGUCAAGAGUGAAACGUUGCUCUCUGAAGAGCGAUCUAAGGACUCUUCUUUUGUCGAGGAGGUCCCUAAGACAGCUGACAUUCCUGGUAUCCCAGAGAAAGAUGCAGCAGUAUUGGAAGAUGAGGCAGCUUCGGAAUAUACGACUAAGGAUGAGGCCGAUACUUCUGUGCAUAUGGGAAACAAGCUAAAGGACCAAGAACUCGUCGCCGAAAAAGCACCAGUCUUGGAGCCAUUGGUGGAAAAAGACUCAAGGCCCGUCAACACUGUUAUCGCUGCUGCCCCCAUUGUGGGUUCCAGCUCCGGUAACGACUUACCCAGCAUAUCAACCGUGGAAGACAGGCCUUCGCCUACAGUGCAAGAGUCGAUUAAUGAUGAAAUCAGCACUGGACCUGUGCCUGUAGAGCCUUUGCGCAUACCAAAGCGAGGCAACGUUGAUACGAUGCUGCCUGUUGCUUCUCCGUCGCAAGAGCCCAUGCCGCCAGCGCAACUCUCCUCUGAUACAAACGAAACUCCUCAGCCUUUAAGAAUGGAAAGUAAUGAGGCUCCGGUGCCGACCGACGAACAAUCAUCAAAGAGGCACUCUGUUGCUAUGACCACGCAGCAGACUACCGAUUCUGACAAACUUUCCAAGGCGUCUAACGAUUCGCAGAGAUUAAUCCCGACGUCUUUGGACGAAUCAGAAGCACCCAAGCGCAGGAGCUCUCUAAUCAAAGCGGCCGGCGAGUUCUUGGGAAGCAACCUUCCGUUCUCUCUCUCAUCGCGCUUCGGCGAUGUCUCGAAGAAUUCAUCCAAGGAAUCCACGAAAGAGUCUACACCAGAGUCUAAACUGGAGCCAGAGCCUAAGUCGAAGCCCGAGGUGGAAUCUGUGUUGGGGCCAGAGAUCAAAACAGAGCCGGAAUUGGAGCUUAAGCCCGAACCUAAGCUUGAGCCCCAGUCGGAGCCCGAACCUAAGCCGGAUUCCGAGUCAGGAUUGAAGUCUACGCCCGAGCUUCAGAACAUGCAAGAGCCUCCAUCUCAACCUGGAGAUGUCUCUGCCAUGGAUCGCGAAAACCAAAUGCUUGUUUGUCAACCUAAUUUCCAGCAUGCAGACCACGCAAAACAAGCACUGGCCGCUAAUCCGGAGCCGCAAGAGUCUAUACCAGUGGCUGAGCCCUUGGAAAAAGCGGUUCCAACAGAGGAAGGUGAAGUCAAACUGGAAACUCAAGCUGAAUUGGCUUCAGCUGCACCAGAGGCGCACCAUGAGCCAAUCAUGCCACAAUCUGCCGCUUCACCUGAGCUCCCUCACAGACCCAUGUUUGCGCCUCUUGCGCCCGGCACAACGUUGCCAUGGGCUAUGGGAACAAUGCCUUUGCCCCAGAGGACACAAGGUAAGAUGCAAGGUACAUCGCCAGCUGUACCGUCAGCAUCCUUAACAGGUGUAGACGAUGAGCUGCCUACACCGCCGGAGCCGUUUCAUCCGCCGGAGAUUCUGACGCAUCACGAACAGCCAGAUCCCACGCAACUUGUACAACCACCGCAAGAAGCGUUACAGCCUGCCGUGUCCUUACAUGCUGCGCCCGGCGAGCUUGUUCCGAAUCAUUUCGCUUCUUCGUUCGUGCACCAGCCAUGGCCAAGGCAAGAACAAACGGAAGCUAAAUCAGACCUGAGCGUGCCUUUGGAGCCAACACAGUCAUUCGCGCCAGGACCGCCACUGCCUACGAAGAAAGAGGAGGCGAAUGGUCAGAACGAGCCAACACCUUCGUGGCCCGUUUUGGGGCCUGCUGUCCCGCAGCCUAUGUUGUGGCAGCCUAAUGAAGAUGAACAUGAUUUGGCGGAGGAGCAGCUUUCUCGACGUUACACGCUCGAGAAGCAACCGGAGCUCGAGAAUUAUGGCCCUUCAUUUGAACCGCGUUUCCUCCACACCGUACCAGAAGAACAAGCUGAUACUUCGGCGACCGAUGCGACUCAAAUCAAUGACUUGGCUGAAGUAAAGGGUACUGAUGAACUGGUGGCUGCUCCGGCUCUUCCUAUGCAAGCGCCCAACACAUUCUCGGUUGAUCCUAACGCUCCGCUGCAGGGUACAGGCCAAUACGACCCUCACCAAGUUCGUGGCUUCAUACGGGCCAUGGACACUGACAACUAUGAACACGCCAUGCGACGCGCGUCGAGGAUGGGUGUCCCCCUGGACGUAAUCCCCUCGAACAGCCCAGUGCCUUAUCCUGACCCACCGGAGAACCUGCCUCGUCCCAGUGAAUUAUUUGCUGGAAAGGGUGUGCGUUGGGAUUCACCUGACUGGCUUCGUUCGCAGCUGCGCAAGAAUGUCGAGGCACCGUCUCAGGCUAAAUUCCAUGCUUUUCUGAAGUCUCGUCGACAAGUUAUCCCUGCUUUCGUAUGGCAUGAUGCCGCGUCAAACCCGGCCUUACACGGUGAAGAGUAUGUCGACUUGGCGGCACCAUCCACAGUGCCUAAGAACGAACCAGAAUCGGAGCAAUUGUCGACGAGUGAGCGUCAUCAAGAACCGCAACCAUCGGAGACCACUUUAAAAACAGAAAACGAGCCUCUACAUGCCGAGGACAAGACUAGCGGUCUUCAGGAUGCGGCUGACAUUGUGCCGACGCUACCUUUGUUGCUGCCUGAUUCUUACUUGCUAUCCGACUCAGACCCCAUCGAAACGAGUUUACUCAACUUGGAUGAGCUCGAGCGCUCGUACCAGAGCAAGAUGCAUCCGCCAAAGCCUGUUGAGUCCGACGAAGGGUACACCAAGUACCCGUACAACUCUGAAUUAUUGACGCACGAUCGGGCCGUGGUCGCAGAUGCGCCACCAUCUUUGCCGCCAAAGAUACCAUCCCCAUACGAGUAUACGCCCAAUCGCCCUUCUGCGGAUGGUCGACCAUGGAAUGAGCAUUAUGGCCAAGCGCCAUUCGCACAACCUCAGUUCAUGCCGCCCGCACCACACGCCGAAAUGCCCCCAAAUGAUGUCUAUCAACAGCAAUUCGUCCCUCUUCCUGAACAGGUACCUGUAUACGAUGGCGGUCUACACGGACCCACUGAGUACGCUCAUGAACCUCGUUAUCGCCCUGAUGAGCCGCAGAACGGACAGGACCUGCCAGGCCAGGAGUAUGGUCAUGUACCAUACCCUGAACCAACUCAACCGCAUCAUUAUCAUAAUGUUGGCUUCCCUAGGGCUGAAGAAUUCGAACAUGGUGCACAUCCUCACCAUCAACCUGCGGAGCCACAAGUUCAUUACGGUAAUCCUGCUUUCGGAACGUACGCAGGCGAGACUUUCGGUCCUUAUCCCGGCCAACUUGUACAAUACCAUGACCCCGCUAUGCAUGGCUUGCAACCCGGCUUUGCUCAGCCAUAUCCAGGUCCAGAUUCUCAGGUGUACCAGAUGCCUAUGCAGCCACGACCUGAUUUACACACGCAACCUUUCGUGCAACAAGCGCUGUUGCCGCAAGCCCAUAUUACGCCCUACCAACAAUUCUCUUCGCUAUCGGUUCCGCAACAUGAGCCGCAACCUUACGAUGGGAACCAGGGCACCGUCUAUGACGAGAAUUAUAUGGACUCACAACAAGCUUGGCUGCGGCAGCAGUUCUCAGAUCAACAACCACGCCCAGAAUUUUAUCAACACGAGCCGCAUAGGUUCGGUUUCUCUCACGAGGAACAGGCGCACGAAAGCCAUCAGCCGCAACUUGACUACGCUCAGCAACAGCCACGCCUUCACACGUGGGACGACGGUGUGGUAUCGGCGUCGGCGCCAUCAUCUCCAAUCGCAUUGCGCGAUCCUCACCUUGCGUCGGAUAUGGCGAAUACGGAUGCCAAUGCAGCCUCGAUUUCACCAGGCUGGCAAUCAUCAGCUUACCAGUCUAUGAAUACAAACGGAUUCACGCCCAUACUCUCAUCCACUCCAACUCAGAAAUACGAUACGAAGAAGAGCAAGCGCCGCGGUGGUAGCAGUCACCGCACUGGUUGGGCUGCGCUUCUCCACAAUGAUCCCCUUUCCGCUCUCCAGUAG